AUGGACCCCAGACGGCAAGAAUGUAAUCAAUUAACUAACUGUAGGAAACAUAUCUUGGAAUUUAAGGAAAAUAUGCUCGUUUUGAAAAAUAAAACUGAAAAUAACCUCCAAGAACUGAUGAAAACCUUGAAAGUAAUGAAGAAUGAAACUUCACAGAAAGGUGUAACAGUAAAUUCAGCUAAGAAGAAUAUAUUGGCUAAGAAUGAAACAGUACCUGAUACAUUUGAAGUCUUAAAGUUGUUUUUCCCUCAUCUAAGGAAGAUAGGCAGAAUUUAUCCUGAUGUAAUAAUUGGCAAAGAGAAAGCAGGAGUUUCUUUUGCGCUAGGUAUUCCCACUGUGAACAGAGGCGAUUGCAGGUACCUGAAGCAAACCCUGACCUCCCUCCUCUCCAGGAUGACUCGCUCAGAACAGAAGGACUCCGUGGUGAUCAUCUCCGUGGCCGAUAGUAAUGAAGAUUAUUUAAAAUCUGUUGUUGACAUGGUUACCAAAAAAUUCAAACAGCAACUGAGGGCUGGAUCUUUGGAGGUCAUUUCUAUACCUGCCAUUUUUUAUCCGAGCAUGUUACAUGCCGCGUCGGCAGCCAAGGACUCUGAGAAAUUAAAGAGAUGGCGAACCAAACAAGUAUUGGAUUUUUGUUUUUUGAUGCUGUACGCCCAACCCAAGGCCAGGUAUUAUCUACAGCUAGAAGAUGAUAUUAUAGCUAAAAAGAUGUACCUUACAAAAAUCACAGACUUUGUACAUAAUAUCUUCUCAAGUAAUUGGCUUUAUAUUGAGUUUUCAGUUCUUGGGUUUAUAGGAAAGCUAUUUAAAUCUGAGGACUUACCUGACUUUGUGCAUUUUUUUUUAAUGUUCUACAAAGACAAACCUAUAGAUUUACUUUUGGGGGACAUUUUUCAGGUAAAGAUGUGUAAUCCAGGAGAAACACCUGAAAAAUGUGCAGAACGAAACAAGCAAAUUCGUAUUCAAUAUAAACCUUCCCUUUUCCAGCAUGUGGGUAUACAGUCAUCGUUAGCUGGAAAAGAACAGUAUUACAAAGAUAUAUAUUAUUAGGAACUUCAUAAUUCUAACACCUUCUUUAAAGCAUGAUCAGAAAUUCAUUCUUCAAAAAAAAUGGCACAACAAGGACUAACUACUCCCAACUUUUUUCCUAGUGGAUAAGAAACUUAUCAUAUUUUUAUUAAUAAUCAAUAAUAAAACAAAAACAUGAAGAUAAUAAGCAUACAAAGAGAAGCUCUGUAACACCUUGGAACCUUGGUUUCUAAUGGCCUCUUUCAGAAAUUGUAAUAAUGAAAAUGCAUAAUAAUAUAGAAAAGAAUAAGCAAACUAAUUAAACUAUCUUGUCCAGAAAAAAAAAGGGAAUAUUUUAUGCUGUUUGUAUUCUUACUAUUACAGUUUAAUUUAAAAAUUGUAAAAGCAGGGACACUUAGAAAUUAAGAAAUUUAUUUUCUUGAUAGUGAUGCUCAUCACUAUACACUUGACAAACAGCUAAAAGCAACUGUCAUGGGCACGGUCUGUGUGAACUGGCAUAUACUCUUAACCACCUUGUUAAGAUAUCCAAAGACAUAGGAAGCAAUUUGUGCUGGUAGUGCGGUAUGCAUUUCCUUCUUUUUAAUAAAUGCAUUUCUAAAACUGUAGCUUGCCGUUAAGUGCGCUUGCAGCUGAUCACCAAACAAAUGAUUUGUGUGGGGGCUGAUAGCCAUCCCGGUCUAAAGAUGUCAUGCUUUUGCCUGUUAGUGCCUUCUCCAGUUAGCUGGACUAUAUGUCUAUCAUUUCUUUUAUCAAAUGUAUUGGGUUUGCCGUCUUUUAUUGAUUUCUCACUUAAUUACAUUGUUUUUACAAGACUUUUCUGUGUCAUUUGAAAACUAUGAGUUCUUAUGCUUAAGAAUUUGAAAAGA